GGGGCGGGGCGGGGUCCCCGGAGUCACACGCCUCCUCCCGCCCCAGGUCUCCCUCUCAGCAUGCGGGUGCCCCGGCCUCAGCCCUGGGGCCUCUGGCUCCUGCUCGUCCUCCUGCCCCGGACCCUGCGCGCAGACGGCCACCGCUCCCUCCAGUACCGCCUGACGGCCGUGUCCUCCCCGGCGCGCGGCACCCCCGCCUUCUGGGCCACCGGCUGGCUGGGGCCGCAGCAGUACCUGCGCUACAACAGCCUGCGCGGCCAGGCCGAGCCCUUCGGCGCCUGGAUCUGGGAGAGCCAGCUGCCCUGGUACUGGGAGAAGGAGACCACCGACCUGCGGGGCAAGCAGGCGCUCUUCCUGGAGGCGCUCGCCGCCCUCGCCGCCCUGCAGAAAGGCUCCUACAUCCUGCAGGGCCUGCUGGGCUGUGAGAUGGGCCCCGACAACGCCACCGUGCCCGUGGCCUCGUUCGCGCUGAACGGCGAGGAGUUCAUGAAGUUCGACGUGAAGGCGGGCGCCUGGGACGGGGACUGGCCGGAGGCCCGGGAGAUCGGCCAGCGCUGGCGGCAGCACGAGGACGCGGUGUGGCAGGAGCGGCACUUCCUCAUGUCCUCCUGCCCCCAGCGGCUGCUCGGCCACCUGCAGACCGGCCGCGGCAACCUGGAGUGGAAGGAGCCGCCGUCCAUGCGCCUGAAGGCGCGGCCCGCCGGGCCCGGGCUCUCCGUGCUCACCUGCAGCGCCUUCUCCUUCUACCCCCCGGAGCUGCAGCUGCGCUUCCUGCGCAACGGCCUGGCCGUGGGCGCGGGCGACAGCAACUUCGGCCCCAACGGCGACGGCUCCUUCCACGCCUGGUCCUCGCUCACCGUGCGCAGCGGCGACGAGCACCACUACCGCUGCGUGGCGCAGCACGCCGGCCUGCCGCAGCCGCUGGCCGUGGGCCUGGAUCCGCCAGCCACGUCCCUGGUGCCCGUGGUGGGGAUCGUCGUGGGCCUCUUACUGCUCCUGGCCGCGGCCGCAGGAGCAGCUGUGCUGUGGUGGAGGAUGAGGAGGGGGCUACCAGCCCCUUGGAUCCUUCUCCGCGGGGACGACCUCGGGGCCCUCCUGUCCACCGGCCCAGCCAAGGAUGCUGACUCCUAGGAUAUGAAAGCCUUCUCAGCAGCUGCCUGACCGCCGCCGGCCGGCCGUGGCCGCUGACGAGGCAGAGGCAGGGUGCUCCCAUGCUGUGACUUCCCGGAAUCCCCGUGUUUCUGAGCCUCCGGAGGGAGUCCGGGCCUGGUGUCCGCCCUCUCUGGAUUUUUCAUCCUGUGAUCAGCCUCAGUGUCCCCUCCUCAUAUAGAUGGUUCUUUCCCACAUUCACAUAUUACAUGAGUUUGGGCCUGAA